AUGGACGACAGUGUAAAUGUUUUGCUAGUUCGAUUCCAGGAAACAUUGUUAUGACAGAUACCAUUCGCACUGGUUAUUACUGGACCGAGAAUCACUGUAACACCAUCUGUGGAAAAUGAUAGGUCUCAAAUCCCUGCUAAAGAAAGCCUGGCCAGCCACGGACGCAUGCAAACAUGCCGAACAGGCUGAGCACCUGGCCAUUGCUGACUCGCUGCUGGCUGAGGUGGACUACCAGAUCAAAGAGCUGGAGUCGAUGCACCGCGAACAGGAUGCCGAGCGUCGUCGCCAGGAGACGGGCGUCGACUACAGCUGGCUGGUGAGCGUGAUGCCCAAGACGUACGACAUCCCGCAGCUGGAGCGACUCGAACUGGAGGAGCUGUGCUACAAGGUGAACAAGGUGGAGUGCGGCAAGAUCAUUGCGCUGUUCCGCGACGCCAUGAUCCGCGAGCACCCCGUCAACGAGAUCGCCCGCAUCAUGCGCUCGUGCGUCCUGCAGGUGAUCGAGCACCGGCCGCACGAGGAGAGCAUGAUGGAGUGGAUGGCCAAACGGACUAUGAGUCUCUCCAACCUGAGGAUCAGGAUCAGUCCGCGCGUGGAGCCGACGGCAGGCAGUGAUGGGAUCGAAGAUGUCGAGAUGCAGAACACGCAACAUCGAGAACACCGAGCCAUGAGUGUGCCAGACUUCUCCGUUACCCGACUUCCAGUGUGAACAGCAAGGGGAGACAAUCUAGGUUUUUUUUGUUUUUUUAUACACAGUCUCACUGAAAUCAGAUUUCACUGUCCUCCUUCCCAUCUAAUGAUCGUAUCUCCUAACAAUAAAUCUAUAGUCCAUCACAUCCUACAAAAAUUAUUUUUGUAAAUAGUUUCAGUUUGGUUUGACGUAAGAAGAAAAGUAAAAGUGUUUUGGAAAUAAGAAAAAAAUACUAUUUUUGUGUCCAAUUUAGAAAAUAAUCGGCUCAGAAUUAAAUAACUUGUAGCAAAUUGCAUAGCACAAAAAAAGAUGUUCUUCAUGGGAUGGACUAAUAGGAUAAGAUGUUAGAGCUAAGAUCAACCUAUGGUCUUUCUGAAACUGAAAUUAUUUAUAAAAAAUAUUUUGGUUUGAAGACGGGAUGAACUAUAAGUGCCUAGAAUAACUAUGUAGUUAUGGAGAUCUUAGUGCUCAGAUAGCUUUAUGGAAUGGGGCCCUAACCAGUCAGUGUUGUUGGCACCAGUUCUGACCCUUCGGGCUCUGAGAAUUAAACAUUUCUUCUACCUAAAUUUAGGUUUGAAAUUUCUGUAUGAACCAUGUAAUCAAAUCACUGCUGACGUAAAUCGGCCAAAAGAUUGAUGCAUUAAAUAAUCAGCAGGACAUGUUGUUGUUUAGUCUGAGGAGGUGACAAGGAGUGAUUAGUAAGAUUUGGUAUCGGUCAGACUGAUUUUUAUACAGCUACUCGUUUAUACAGCUCAUAGCUUACAGUAGUGAUCAGUCACAUAUAUAUUUCAUUGAUAGAAUGCAAUGCGCCAAAAAUGUAAUUGGUUUUUUUUUCCAGACAACUAUUGGUAUAUAUACAAGUAGUAGUUCAUAUAAUUAUAGAUUGGUAAUAAUAGAAGGCAGUAUGUUAGAUCAGAGAUCCAUUUAUUAGUGAUAGAAUGCGGUGCACAAGUCAAGUGAAAACAUUUGCUCAAAGAACUGUUUUGUUUAACAAACUUCCGCAAACUUUUUUAAAAUUUCAAUUUGCUCUUUUUCCAACAGUAUUCUCCUUGUGGUUUUUGUAUGAUAACACAAGAAUGUGUUCUUAUCCUUUCUAGUCAGACUAUUUGUGUGUAAGUUCAAGUUAUCGAUUACUGGUCACAGACAAAAAGUACCUAGUCAAUUUGUUAGUGUGAAAAAUGAAAGAAAUAAUUUCUGUGAUACUUUAAAAUAAUACCUAUAAUCAAAUUAAAACCAUAAUAAUAAUCAGAUGUUUGAAAGCCAAUGAGCUAUUGAUAAUAUUUUACACAUGCUAAAUGUUUUAACUGAUAUGUCAAGUUCCCGGUACAUUUUAUAAAUAAAUGUCUCUUAAAGCAAGAAAAAGGCUAAAUGGUCUUUUGAUUUCAGUGGUGGGGUUUUUUCCCACUAAAGAAUUAAGUGGAUCGGAAAACAGGCUGUAGGCCCAUAUGUAGCUGACAUUGUAUGCUGUAAAAUCAAGUGACCAAUAAGCAUAAAACAUAUGACUUUUUUAAAAUGUGGUUGCGGGUGUGUUUAUUUGGAGCUGAUACUGUAUGUGUGUGUAUAUGGCUGGAUAUGGUAAUGUUAAUAUGAAUGUGUUGAGUAAAAGCUAUGCCAUUAAUUUUCAACAAAUCUAGUCAAACAAGAUACAUCUAUCAGACUUAAGGCUGUGUCAGAUUAGACGACGUGACGCAAAUCCAACUGUGCCAGAAAAUGUAUUUGGCCAAGCGGAAUUUGACACGAUUGAACAUUUUCAGUCCCAGUCUGAUGCCAUCGUAUAGUGUGAAUGCAAUGCAACCGUCCAGUUGAGUCAUGUCGUCUAAUGUGAUCUAGGAUUUACACAUAUAAUUCUAAUAAUUUUCACUUGUUCCAGACAUUUGUAAUUUCAUUUGAUGAAUGAUGUUUUGUCCAUCCGUCCAAUACGAGAUAACAUUCCUACCUUUUUGUUUGCAUCCAUUUCAUGAUGUCAUUCUGCUACAUGCUAUGUACAUGUAUGUAUAACACUCAUUGGAUUGUAUGUAAAACUUUGAAACCAUCAAAUUAACUUUUAGUUUGCAUCCAUUUCAUGAUGUCAUUCUGCUACAUGCUAUGUACAUGUAUGUAUAACACUCAUUGGAUUGUAUGUAAAACUUUGAAACCAUCAAAUUAACUUUUUGUUUUUCUAGUGGUUUUAUUGCUAGCUUCUUUCAUUGAUUGCUAUUUUCAUAUCAUUCUUAUGUUGAUUUUUAUUAUAUAGCAUUCCACUGCCUAGCAUUGUUAUCCCAGUGUCAAGUUGGUUUUUUCAGUCUCAAACAUUGCAUAAAAAAGGAACAUCUAUUUACAUGAACUAGCCAGAGAAAAGUCUUCAGAAAUGUCUCUAAAGUUUAAAUUUGGGCUAAAUUAAUGGUUAUUCUGUUAUACAGAUUGUGAUUAAGCACGAUUUCGUGUUUGAGAAAUCUGUUGAUAAUUGUAAAGUUUUACAUCUUGAUUUUGUAUGUUUAAUUCUUUCCAUCUGUAUAACCAGGUGCAGGUAUAAUGUAUGGCUUACAUGUAUUUGAUUCAUCAUUUCCUCACCUGACAAAAUGCAGCGAAACCCACUAAAGCACCAUAGUAUCAUGUAGCUCUCUCUGUGUUCAAUUCCCUUUACCUGUUUUUAGCUGAAUAUAUUUUUUAAAAACCCACAAAAACCUAACCUAUUGCCUUGUCUUCAAUCCCAUAUACAUGUAUCUCUCUAAAAAUAAAACCCAAGUUAGAACUAUAUUCUGUUGAAAUUUUUUAACUUCCAAAAACCCCCAACAUAUAUAUAUAUAUUUAUUACCCAUAUGGUCUUCAGUAAACGGUUACAUAAAUGUCGUAUUUUCCCCAUGCUAUUUUUAUUGCCUGGGUCAUAACAAUACCUUGAAAAUUGUUAUAGCACACUACUGACAUCACAAGUCACUUUUGCAUCUGCAAGCUUGUGACAGUUGCGCUUUCUGAACUUGACACCAUUCCACAUCACUGUAAUUGACAUGGCUUAAGGUUAUUAACACUGAUUGUGAAGCGAUUACAAUCAUAUUUAACGUUUGUUGAAAAUCAUUGUUUGUGGAUAAUAAAUAAAUUAUAACAUUUGCUGGAAGGCCAUAUAAAAUUUAUUAAAUUUGUUUGAGAAUUAUUUUACAUCCCUCACUCAUGGAAUAAAAUAAUUCCCAAACUUGUUUCAUAAAUUCUGUAUAGCACUCCCGCUCAUACAAUAGUCUAUCUAUAUAUACAUGUGUAUAUGUAAUAUUGAGCUUUCAAAAUGUAGAUUUUUAAAAUUAUUCUUUUUAAUAUCAAAGGUCCUUAUUAGUAGGAUUUGGCAUACAUGUAUUUCCCUUUCUUUAACAAUUUUUUUUUGAUACAUUGUUUUAUAGAAGAUUGUUUAUUCAGAAUAAUAUUAUAUAAAUUGUGCUUGUUAUUUGUUUUGCAGUAUUGUGAAGGUCAGUCAUUAAGCUGGCAGUCCUAGGUUAAUAGUUUGAUUACCAGUGAGGUUAUUUAAUUUGGUAACAGAGUUUAAGAUUUCUCCAUGUGAGCUUCAGGGUAAUGUGCCUUAUACCAGUGACGUGUAUUUAGAAAAGGGAAAUCCCUUUGCACGAGUGUGUAGUUUGCGUUUUUAUGCGUAGAAGAUGAUCCAUACGUAAGUUCAUACAUUUGUUGCCUCAUCAAAUUUCAUGUAGUAAAUGUACAUGUAAUUAACAAUGAAUAAUAAACAUUAAGUUAAUGUGUUAAAGAACAUCAUAAAACCAAAAAAUAAUUUUGUUCUUCAUAGAUUUAUAUGAAAUAAUUAA